AUGGUGUCUCCAGUAGGCGGAAAGGACGUUCCAUCGCAAGUCCCAGAAAUAUUUGGCGUUAAUAUUGCAUUCACCGCAGUCACGGUGACAAUAGUCUUGUUGAGGGUGUUUACACGCGUUUGGUUCGUUCAGGGACUCAAAAUUGAUGAUUAUAUCAUGAUAGUAGCCGGGCUUCUCACAUUAUUUUACGGUAUUGAUGUCUGUCUUCAGACUCAUUACGGAUUUGGAUAUCACUGGAAGGAUCUCGUUGAUCCUGCAAGAUUUACAAAUUCACUUAAGGUUGAUGACCAACCCAACUACUACAAUGACGCAGCUAACAUAGAGUCGCAGCUUUUUUACGGAGGAGAGUUGGUGUAUUACAUCAAUGUCGGCCUAACUAAAAUUUCACUUCUAAUUCUCUACCUUCGACUUUUUGUCACACAGUCAUACAACAAAUUACGGCUCCUCACAUGGGUUUUACUUUAUUUUACAACUGCUGUGACGAUAACAUGGACAUUUUGUAUUAUGCUACAGUGCAACCCAGUCGCGCUGGCUUGGGAUAAAACAUUGAAAGGGACGUGUAUCAACAUGACGGCUGUGUUCUACUCGCAUGCCGGUAUCAACAUUCUGCUUGAUUUCAUUGUUUACAUCAUGCCGAUUCCGCUGCUGUGGAGUGUAAAUCGUCCGCUACGGGAGAGGCUCGCCCUCAUUGUAAUUUUUGCAAUUGGAGGCUUUGUUUGUAUCAUGGGCAUUGUGCGAUUGCAGAGUUUGCGAAAGGCUACAGUGUCAACAGAUCCAAGUUGGGAUAAUGUACCUUCAGGUCUAUGGUCAUGUAUGGAAGCAGACGUUGGCAUCAUAUGUGCUUGCCUUCCAUCUUUGAAACCUUUUUUUGCACGAUUCUUCGGUCCGACAAGCGGAAGCAAGUCGCUUUCAAAAAGCGGGACACAAAAGUUCCAUGUCCUUUCCGAUAGCCAGAAUGCACUACAUCAAUCUCAUGUCGAAGUCGAACUUUAUAACAGACGGAGUAGCUUCAAUGUUGUACGAACCGAUGACUUCAGGGUGGAGACUAGAUAUCUGGAGGAAGCAAAACCUUGAUCCUGAAGAAGGUUCAGAAUAACUGUUCUAGAUUUGUUUAUUGAACAUAUCUAUUUUUAUAACGCAAUCCCAUAGUCAUUUUCGAAAGACUGCUGCUACAAGGCUGGUAGGUUGUCGUGAGUUCAUGGGAUGAGAUAUUGGAAACUACAUUAAAAACAUGAAUUGAUGUCACCUCC